UCAAAGCGUCAGUAUCUUGCUUGAAACCUUACCAGCGUUUCAAACGUAUAACAGGAAUACUUUAAAUUUAUUGAUAGAAAAUUUCUAUGUUUUGAAGUUUGUGUCUAUCACUAGGAACUUUCAUAGUUUCAAAAACAUAUUAAGUGCUUAUUAUUAGUGAAAACAAAUAACAGUUCUAAAUAUCACUAGGAGGGAAACAAUUUGUGAACUGAAGUGUCUUUGCCUGAAACACAAUAAACUUUAAAAUACAUAAAUCUCGGUGAAAAUAAAGUUACAUUCCGCAUUUUAUUUUAUUCAUCAUUGUUUUACAUCGAUCGGAAUUUGAUCUCAACAUAACACUAUGGCCUUCAGCAUUCUUAAAGCUCUGACACUUUUGGUUGUGGUAAGUCAGGCGGUGUUUUGUCAAGAAAACAGUGAAACAAAUGUACAGGACAAUUCUACACUGCAUACAAAUGCAACAACGGCAAAUAGGUCAACGUCGGAAAACGCAGCGACAACGGAAAACGCUCCUACGACGCCGGCGAUAACAACUUCUACGUCAACAGAAAGCCACGGAAAUUGGAAUGCUGAUUUAGAAAGCCGUUUAGAAAGAUCCCGUAACGCGCACCUGCAGUUCCUAAGACAGCACGUACUGUCCAGUCUGGGCUGGACAACACCACCCAACAUUACGGCUGAGGAGAAGCGACAAAUUCUCAUGGGAAUUGGGUACCGGACACCGGUGUUUGUAACACGACAGAAAUUCUGCUAUUUCCCUGCAUGUGACCUUCCCCUUAUGGAGUUCCCGGAGUACAUGAACCGUUCCAUUUGGUUUGACACAUCUUCUCGAAACAUCCGCUAUUUCUUCGACAUCCCUACAGAGACUGACCCAAACCUCGAUAUCACUUCCGCUAUCGUGCGCCUCCAUCUCAAACGUCGGGAAGAUUGCCCAUGUGCCUACGAUAGUGACCACAGCACAAACCGGCUUCACAUAAAAAUAUACCAGUACAGAAAACCUAUUCGUUCACACGCAAGAUUAAACCACCGAAACAUGCGGCUGAUCGAUGCCAGAAUGGUCACGUGGGACAGCGCUCGCUGGGUGAAUUUGGAGGUUACAGAGGCCGUGAAGCGCGUGAUGUCACGUGGCCGACGGAACGGAGGAUUCGAGGUGCACGUACGAGACAUGGAGGAGAACGUCCUGGACGCUAAAACCGUCAUUGACCCAACUGUCUGCUCUUUUACUACAGAAUAUGACUGCACAGAUGAUACUGAAUCUCAAUAUGAAGAAGAGCCAACAGAGGUGAACUACUCUCCAGUUCUGGAAGUUACUGCGACCACUACCAGCCGAAUAGACUAUUCGUGAUCAUCUUUCGCCAAGAUGGGGACGGAUAAUUCGAUCUCAAAUUCUGGAUAAUUUAUUUGUUACACAAAGAUGUUCUUUUCCGGUCUUUUAAACUACAAGAUGUGCAUAUAUAUAGAUAAACUGUGCCUAGUUAUCAUACAAACAAGACAAGCGGAUGAGAUGCGUCAUAAAUUGUAUAGUAAAAGACUAUUUCAAGGGGAAUAUAAAGAUGCAUAUAUAUCUAGUAUUAUAUCUGCUCGUAAAUGUAUGGUACGCAUUUGAUGAAAGAUGUGGUUUCAAUUUCAUAACAUACCUAUCCGGCAGAAAAACAAGUUACAGGAAAAAGUAUUAUUAUCUUUACAAUUAAAUGACUUUGGUAGCAUUUUUCAACUAUAAAAGUAACUCUGGAAAAACAAAACUCUGGUUUAGGUUAACAUAAUUAGUGACAUUUUAUAUAUUUUGAAAGAAAAUCAGAAUUUUGUUUUCUGAGCCUUGUUCUGAAGUUCAGACAGAAGUUUUUAGUGAAUACAACAGACUAAUCGAGGGGUGAAUGCGAAAAGGUUCUAAGUGACAUUAACUAAAUAAGCAGAUAGAAGCUUUUCGCUUUCACCCCCUCGAAAUGCACAAACACAUACCCUCUUGAAAGUCAUUGGAACAUAGUUAAAAAUUAAUUGUAUUGGCUUUGUGUAUGUAAAUGUACAUGUAUAUACUGAUAAACAUGUAAUGCAUUUAACAUUGCCUCUUAAAACUGAUAAUAACAUGUGUACAUAAGUUUCUGUAUGUAUUCACCUUGGUGCAACAACUCAAUAUCUGCUUCUAUAUCUAUAUGCAGUUAUUGAGUUAUUGCAUUAAGGGGACGAUGUAUUGUCAGGGGCGGUUCCAGGACGUUAGAGGGGGGGCGUAACUUGGGGGCGUAACUAUUUUACUAUCGCCUCUCCCUCUUCCUCCUAUAUUGAAGUAAAAAGUAAAUUUGGAUGACUUUUUUAUCCGUUACUGUAGUGUUCUAAGCCGCGCAUCGGCCAGUAUUUCCGUCAAAUCGAGUUGAUCAUUUCUUGGCGCUGCACUGAUGUGCCCGCUUCUUUAGAUUGAGAGAUUGGUUUGUUUCAGUCCCUGGUAGGGGCGGUUAUUAUAUAAUCGAUAUUGAUGGCUUGCUCUCAUUUUUAAAAUAUUGCAACACUGAUGUUGCUUUUUUAGAAUGGUAGUUUUAUGUUAUGGCGUAAGCUUUCAGUAACGAAGGGUUACCUUUAGCAAUGUGAAAUGCGUACAGUCGGACAAGUAAAACAAAUUUUCCAAAACAUUGAAACUUGCCAAUCUUUGAGUUAGUCCCUGUAAAAUUGAUGCUUGUAUAGGAAGUCUGUUUUCAGACGUAAUCAGCUACCUCAUGUGUGCCUUGAUAUUCCAUAUUUUCAAAAUUACCGGUCUGUAAAUAUUACAUUGUGUUUCGCAUAAUAAUGUGAAGACAGAUUUCAUAUUUCAUUUACUGAAUACUAUGUAUAUUGGUAUUGUUGUGUUUAUUCUAAUUUAUUGCAUGUUCAGAUAUGUAUCAUUGUGCUCAUAGUUUCGACAAAUCCAUUCACGAGUUUAGAGUCAUUUUUUUCUAUCAGCAUGUUACUGCUAUGAUUAUUAAGUUCAUUUAAAUUUCAUAUUAACUCCAAAAAUAGUUUUGUAGAAAAUAUUUUAAUGAUACAUUUUAAAUGCAUUAUACAUGUCUCGAAAUGCU